AGGCCGUGACAUCCAUUGCGUGGAGCAGGCACGAUCAGGCCUGCCUCUUGAUUGGCUGUCUUGAUCGAGAGCUUCUUGAACCUUUUCAAACCAGAGUAAGCACUACAGUGAAACAGUGAAGGACCGUGCUAAUUCCCAGCGAGCUCCGGUAUUCACUCUGCUGCGGGUGCAGGCGCUCACCACUUCGGGGAAAUAGGCUUAUUUUUUAAAGAGCUCGAGCACUGUGUCGGUUGUAAAAGCCAUUCGUUUCUGUUGUCUCGGAAAUGCAACAUGCGGCAAUAGUAAAUAGAGUGCUAUUAAUUCGUUUUUUAUAAAAACGUUUCCAAACGCAUAUUUAUUUUCGAUUUGAAGCAGAAUUGUUAAUCAUUUUUGAUGAUUUCUUUCAUACGUGCAUAACAGGAUUUUCACAUGCAACGUUGGAAUGCGGAGGAUUCCUCUGACAGUUCUCAGCGCGAGGGAUACGUGAUGGAGCUUUGAUCGGUAAACAUCCACUUGUUUUUUUGUCGGGAUGUUACCAAUAUUUACACGUUAUAGACACGAUUUAUGAACAAAUGCAAAGAUAAAGAAUAAUUGCAAAUACCAAGCGCGAGUAAUUUUUUCGAACGACAGGUGAGGGUGUACUGCAUGUUGCCACUUCUGAAUGGUUGACGUAGACAACAUCGCAUUUUCAUUUGAUUCAUUCAACUUUUUGAUCCGAGGUGCCACCUUUAUUUCCGUAUCAUGUAUUCACAUUUCAAUACAAUUCCGCAAUUGAGACUCGGUUAGUUUAGCCUAAACAUCCAGCUUACUGACCUCCUGUUAUAUCUGACCGAGGAGAAAGCACAGACCGCGCUGGGAGACAUGGCUAAAAACCUGCCGGAGGGACCCAAGGAGCCAGACCUGAAUCAGCUACCGGAUGAAGAGCUGCUGCGAUGCGGCAAGGAGGAGCUGGUCAAGCGCCUACGGAGGCUGGACAACGAGAAGAUGAACCUAAUGAUCGACCACGGCAACAUGAUGAAAGACGUUAACCGGAGGCUGCAGGUGCACCUGCACGAGAUCCGCAACCUGAAGGAGAUCAACCAGAAGCUCCAGGAUGACAACAACGAGCUGCGCGAGCUCUGCUGCUUCCUGGAUGACGACCGGCAGAAGGGCAAGAAGCUGUCCCGGGAGUGGCAACGGUUUGGCCGGUACUCCGCAAGUGCCAUGUGGAAGGAGGUGGGUACCUACCAGCUAAAGCUCAAAGAGCUCGAGACCAACCAGGAGAGGGUGGUGCGGGAGAACAUGGACCUGAAGGAGAUCAUCCUCAUGCUGGAUGAGGAGAGGAACGGAGUCGGUUCCCGGAGCUCCAUAGACUCCCAGUCCAGCCUCACCAACCUGAAUGGCGGGACUGGGACAGUUCGGGAUGUCGGGGAUGGCAGUAGUACCUCCAGCACUGGGAGCGCAGGUAGUCCCGACCACCACCACAACCACAACAGCCACAACCACAUACACAAGCUGCCCGCGGAAAGGGAGGGCAAGCUGGGAGGCACCUUCCAGAGGAGGUCCAUGGAUGACCUGUCAGCACCACACCAUCACAGGAGCAUCCCUAAUGGACUCUGUGACUCCUCCUCCUCUAACUACAUCAGACAGCUGGAGAUCAAGAUGAGGAUAUUGGAAGACGACAACAACAAGCUUUUAACUCAGCAGUGUAACCCAGGGGACCUGCGUGUCCUGAGGAAGGGGAUGACCCUGUACCACUCUGAGUCUCAGCUGUCAUCCCUGCCACGACGCCAAGAUGCACUGCACAACGGCACGGUUGGUCGCCUCCCCACCAGUGAGUCAACCCCGGUAACAGGCUACCUGCCCUGUGUUCAGAAACAAGAGUCUGUGGUCCACGCUAUGAAGGUGUUGGAGGUGCAUGAGAACCUGGAUAAGAAGCAGGGCCCAGAGGACUACGAGGAGGAUCUGAGUGAGAAGGAGAAGGCCAUCGUCAGAGAGAUGUGUAAUGUGGUGUGGAGAAAGCUGGGCGACGCAGCAGGAGCUAAGCCGUCCAUCAGACAGCAUCUCUCUGGCAACCAGUUCAAAGGCCCUCUGUAGUCCACAGCAACCAGAGAGGAAGACUAACUAUGCUCACCUGACACCACCUCCACUCCUACUGCUUACACUACUCAUAACACCCUGCUCCCACUACAGUUCCCAUCACCCACUAUUCCCCUGGGAUAUGGCUUUUGUCCAGAUGGGAUGCAGCUUUUGUCAAAAUUGACUUUUUGUAGCAGGUUAGAACCUCCGCAGCAGGAUAAUUUAACGUAGCAUGUUAGGAGAAUUAUGUUUAGGUUAGCUAAAAUGCAACAAAUCCACUUUUGGCGUUAAUUUGACAAACUGUAUCCCUUCUAGAUAUGACCUGGUAUAUGUGACUGGACAUUAUAGGACCCAGGAAAGGCACAGAAUGGAUAUCUGUCUCUCACCUCGCCAACUCACCAUACAUACAUUUAUUUUGAACUUGUUGAUAACGUGUUGAUAACGGGCAGCUACUUUCACUGAUUUGCCAUGUUCCUCCUAUCAUUGAUUUGGGGAUAGACAGUUUACAUAGAUACAUACAAGAUGAUUUCAUCAUCUUCUCCUGGGCCUGGUUUCCCGAUAGAGAUGGAACUUCGGCUUACGACUGUUUCAACCAUGUGUCUUUCCUACAAAGGCCCAAGAUGUAACAUGUGUCUUUCCUACAAAGGCCCAAGAUGUAACAUGCGUCUUUCCUACAAAGGCCCAAGAUGUAACAUGCGUCUUUCCUACAAAGGCCCAAGAUGUAACAUACGUCUUUCCUACAAAGGCCCAAGAUGUAACAUGUGUCUUUCCUACAAAGGCCCAAGAUGUAACAUACGUCUUUCCUACAAAGGCCCAAGAUGUAACAUGUGUCUUUCCUACAAAGGCCCAAGAUGUAACAUGUGUCUUUCCUACAAAGGCCCAAGAUGUAGCAUAUGUCUUUCCUACAAAGGCCCAAGAUGUAACAUACGUCUUUCCUACAAAGGCCCAAGAUGUAACAUACGUCUUUCCUACAAAGGCCCAAGAUGUAACAUGUGUCUUUCCUACAAAGGCCCAAGAUGUAACAUGCGUCUUUCCUACAAAGGCCCAAGAUGUAACAUACGUCUUUCCUACAAAGGCCCAAGAUGUAACAUGUGUCUUUCCUACAAAGGCCCAAGAUGUAACAUACGUCUUUCCUACAAAGGCCCAAGAUGUAACAUGUGUCUUUCCUACAAAGGCCCAAGAUGUAACAUGUGUCUUUCCUACAAAGGCCCAAGAUGUAACAUACGUCUUUCCUACAAAGGCCCAAGAUGUAACAUACGUCUUUCCUACAAAGGCCCAAGAUGUAACGUGUCUUUCCUACAAAGGCCCAAGAUGUAACAUGUGUUUCCCAAAACGCCACACAGAGGGAACAUUCGCUAAGUGCCUUCGUUGGAGCAUGUUUCACACGGCAGUAGGAUCGAACGAUAGGCAUCGCUGCUCUCGGAUCAGCUUUCUUCCAUUCAAAUCUCACCUUAACAUUGGAAUUAUUCCACAAUACUGACGAUGGAUCAGCUACCUAGAGAGACUGCAAAUAUUGAGGCGGCUUAAUCUAAUGCCUACCCUAUAAUAAGGAGUUUUAUCAAGAUGUGGAACAUCACUGUGCACAUGUUAGGCUACACAUCAUUAGAUAUGAGGCACAAAUUGCAGACAGGAGCCAAAUAGUAAAAUAAAAUCUAAAUUGAAUGAACAUGAAAUUGCUUUCAGUAUCGUCGAAAUACAAUAUAUAGUAUAUUCUGUAGGUGGGCUAUUUAUCUGUUAAUGCAGUAUGUCUCAUUUCAUUUGAAGCAUAUUUUUUUCCUUCACUUGUUUGUAUUAAUUGCAGAGACAUUGGCAACUUUGUAUUUGUACUCAACUUGGUUCUGAAGUUUUCGGCGGUCACACAGAGAGACGGAUAAACAUCUUGAUUCUUUGUUUAGUGGAGUUUUUCUGUGUAUAAAGUGACGCGGUCGGUAUCUAACGAUGUACUUUGCUGUUCACACGCCAAGCAGUCUGAUGCAGUCAGUAAAUAACAAGCGGUUUUCAAGUACAAUUUUAGUAACGUUGGUUUUGGGAAACAGCUCUUGAGAUUUAACGAUGCUCCUACGAAGUUACUAACGAUGCCUUUAGAUGCUCUUGGGAACUUGGGCCCUUUUGUAUUGUUUGAUGCUGAAUAGAAACCCAGAUGAGCUCUAUAAGAAGUUCCCUAGAAUAGGACCAGUGUCACUGUAAACCAGUAGAGCUGCAUGGUUACUAUAGCAGGGCUUCAGGUAGAGCUGCAUGGUUACUAUAGCAGGGCUUUAGGUAGAGCUGCAUGGUUACUAUAGCAGAGCUUCAGGUAGAGCUGCAUGGUUACUAUAGCAGGGCUUCAGGUAGAGCUGCAUGGUUACUAUAGCAGGGCUUCAGGUAGAGCUGCAUGGUUACUAUAGCAGGGCUUCAGGUAGAGCUGCAUGGUUACUAUAGCAGGGCUUCAGGUAGAGCUGCAUGGUUACUAUAGCAGGGCUUCAGGUAGAGCUGCAUGGUUACUAUAGCAGGGCUUUAGGUAGAGCUGCAUGGUUACUAUAGCAGGGCUUCAGGUAGAGCUGCAUGGUUACUAUAGCAGGGCUUCAGGUAGAGCUGCAUGGUUACUAUAGCAGGGCUUCAGGUAGAGCUGCAUGGUUACUAUAGCAGGGCUUCAGGUAGAGCUGCAUGGUUACUAUAGCAGGGCUUUAGGUAGAGCUGCAUGGUUACUGUAGCAGGGCUUCAGGUAGAGCUGCAUGGUUACUAUAGCAGGGCUUCAGGUAGAGCUGCAUGGUUACUGUAGCAGGGCUUCAGGUAGAGCUGCAUGGUUACUGUAGCAGGGCUUCAAGUAAAGCUGCAUGGUUACUAUAGCAGGGCUUCAGGUAGAGCUGCAUGGUUACUAUAGCAGGGCUUUAGGUAGAGCUGCAUGGUUACCAUAGCAGAGCUUCAGGUAGAGCUGCAUGGUUACUAUAGCAGGGCUUCAGGUAGAACUGCAUGGUUACUGUAGCAGGGCUUCAGGUAGAGCUGCAUGGUUACUGUAGCAGAGCUUCAGGUAGAGCUGCAUGGUUACUGUAGCAGGGCUUCAGGUAGAGCUGCAUGGUUACUAUAGCAGGGCUUCAGGUAGAGCUGCAUGGUUACUGUAGCAGAGCUUCAGGUAGAGCUGCAUGGUUACUAUAGCAGGGCUUCAGGUAGAGCUGCAUGGUUACUGUAGCAGAGCUUCAGGUAGAGCUGCAUGGUUACUGUAGCAGGGCUUCAGGUAGAGCUGCAUGGUUACUAUAGCAGGGCUUCAGGUAGAGCUGCAUGGUUACUAUAGCAGGGCUUCAGGUAGAGCUGCAUGGUUACUAUAGCAGGGCUUCAGGUAGAGCUGCAUGGUUACUGUAGCAGGGCUUCAGGUAGAGCUGCAUGGUUACUGUAGCAGGGCUUCAGGUAGAGCUGCAUGGUUACUAUAGCAGGGCUUCAGGUAGAGCUGCAUGGUUACUAUAGCAGAGCUUCAGGGUAGAGCUGCAUGGUUACUAUAGCAGAGCUUCAGGUAGAGCUGCAUGGUUACUAUAGCAGGGCUUCAGGUAGAGCUGCAUGGUUACUAUAGCAGGGCUUCAGGUAGAGCUGCAUGGUUACUAUAGCAGGGCUUCAGGUAGAGCUGCAUGGUUACUAUAGCAGGGCUUCAGGUAGAGCUGCAUGGUUACUGUAGCAGGGCUUCAGGUAGAGCUGCAUGGUUACUAUAGCAGGGCUUUAGGUAGAGCUGCAUGGUUACUAUAGCAGAGCUUCAGGUAGAGCUGCAUGGUUACUGUAGCAGGGCUUCAGGUAGAGCUGCAUGGUUACUAUAGCAGGGCUUUAGGUAGAGCUGCACGGUUACUAUAGUAGAGCUUCAGGUAGAGCUGCAUGGUUACUGUAGCAGAGCUUCAGGUAGAGCUGCAUGGUUACUAUAGCAGAGCUUCAGGUAGAGCUGCAUGGUUACUAUAGCAGAGCUUCAGGCCCAGGGGAACAUGUGAGAUUAAAAAAAAAAUCCCCAAACGUCCCCAAAAGUAACGAUGUGAUAACAUCAGAUAUGGUUAGAUAGUACGUUUUGGGUUACAAGUGUCUCGUAUGCACAGAUCUAGGAUCAGCUUCACUCUCCUUCAACCCCGAUCUUGAGCAUUUAGAGGUCACAUACAGAACUGACUGUGGAUCAGUGUCUAGGAACAAUGUCAUCCCACUCCUUCAUAGUACUUCCCAUAAAAAAACAGUUAGCUUCUCUGUCAGUUUUGUCUCUCUGGUUGAUUAGCAUAAUUAGCAUUAGCUAAUGCUAGCAUUAGAAUAAUUAUCAUUAGCGUCCAAAGUGUUAAUUUGUGUUACCCACUGUGACGUACAUACCUAGCGCCCUGUGCUCAUAAGAGAUGUCUAUUAUUAACACAAAACUAUAGAGAUCACUUUUAAAAACCUGUGUAAAAUAUGUAUAAAGACAUAGCAUUAUUGUUUAUCGUUUAUUUAGACUUUUUGUUUGUUAUUAUUCUAGGUUGACCAUGUGAUGAAAUUGACUGUUUUAUGGGUUUUAUGUUUUACAAAAGCACUCAGUCGAACCGUAAAUAGGGCUGUUUCUAUGGUAACCACUCAUUUGUUUACUGUAUUUUGGUUUAACAAAUUAUUAUUUUAUCUCUUCAAACGCAUCAAGGCCAUUUGGAAUCGAAACUGCCUCAGCCAAGAGUCAAUGGAGCGAUCUUAUUUUUUAGAGGAAAAUGUUUUAAAAAAAUGUUUUAACUAAAAUGGACACCGUUGUGUAAGACAAUCAUAUUUCUCAGGUUGGGAAAUAACGGAGAGCUUUACCCCAACUCUUCAUCUGUGACUCUGAAGACAGGAUGGUUUGUAGUCUUUCUUUCUGUUGGUCAGGCUGUAUACUGUAGUUCUCUGUAAACGGACUGAGGACACCUGCUUCAUACAGGGCUGGAGACUGCGGAACACAUUUGCUUGCAUUCAUUUCGUAUUAAAUAAUGUUUCAGAAAUAUUCUGUGAAAUUUAAAAAGGCUUUCAUGCUUCUGUCAUAAAGGGAAGAUCAGACUAAUUUGGCUAUCUACUGUAAUAACUACUAAUCAAACUAGUGUACAACACCAUUUUUAUUGAAAGCUACAAAAUAAAUGGAAUGGUUUAUAUUUUUUCAAUUAGCAUAAUAUUAAUUACGCUUUUUAGCCAUGGUGAAUCCAGGAGAUGAGUUUCAGCAGUGAACUGUGCAUGUUUUGUAAAAGUAUUUUCUGUUGGAAUGUGAGAAAGAGCAAGUCUUCCCUUAGAUGUUUUUCGAUACAUUUUAACGAGUUAUUCCUUGACGAAGUCAGAUGAAAUAAGUACUGUUAUGAUCAAACUGUUCAUUGCCAUGUGUUUAGAUAAGAGCUCUCCCAUUAUAGGGCUGCCAUGUUAUUGGCCCGUUUAUGAUUUUAACCUAUCGGGGGAUUUUGAUUGGUAUCCAAGUCUUUUGAUUGGGUAAUUGGUUAAUAAGUCACUGAUUGACAGCUCAACCUCUCCUGACACUAGUAUUUCUUGUUCCUAAUUAGAACAUCAUUGAGGCUUCAGACUGUACGAUCUCACGGUUCUGCCUCGGUUCUCGCUAAUGGGGUCUAGUACAAAAAAUAAAAUCAAAGAAUAGAGUUUUUUGAAGUGUCAUUUUUUUCUAGAACAACUGAUUUGGAGCUAUGAGAGGAGAUGAUUUGGAAUAUCUUUCAGUCUGGCAUUUUGUGCCAUGUUUUUCUCUGCACGGGAGUUUGAUUUGGAACCUGUGUUUUAAAACAACUUCUGUGUAUGUGCUAAACCAGAAGACAUGAUGAACCUGGUAUGCAUAUGAAAUAUCACCCUAUUCCCUAGCGCAGGAGUUUCCCAGACUCCAACCCGGGUGCACGGUUUGAUGUUUACUGUAGCACUACACAGUUCGAUUCAAAUAACCAACUCAUCAUCAAUUAUUUGAAUCAGCUGUGUAGUGCUAUGGCAAAAACCAAAACGUGUACCAGGGUGGGCCCCGGGACCGAGUUUGGGAAACCCUGCCCUAGUGCAUUACUUUUGACCACGGCGUUGUGCUUAACCUAGACAAAAGUAGUGCACUAUAUAGGGAACAGGGUGCCAUUUCAGACACAAACCUAGUGUUAGUGCUAACUACUCCUGUAGUUACUAGCAUUACUGUAAAGUAAGUGUUUUUUUCAUGAAUUUAGCUGAGACCAGAUAGAUACUCUAAAAGGAUGAAUAAAUGUACUAGGCCAGAGAUGAUUUUGGGAAGAAAAAUAAAUAAACUUUCUUUGUA